UUGUUUGUUUGUUCUGCUUUCUGCCAUGAGUGACUCCGAAAUUCAAGAUACUUUAAGGAUCCUAGAUAAUCUGACUGAUCAGCAGGAACAAAUUGAUGAGCUCCAACACCUCGAUGACAUGCUUGGUGAGCUGAAGCAAGAGGAAGCUCCAGUACCUGUGAAACCACCUGAACUAACAGUAAAAUGGAAAAAAAGAGACAAAGAUGGAAACCAACUCUAUGCGAGGCCAAGAUCAAUCCGGAGUCAAUUACAUAAGGCUGCCCACAGUCAGAAGACCAAUUCUACCACUAAUAACAGUCACUGUGAGGUGGCAUUUGCCCCAGAGACUGUUGAGCGCUUUCUACAAGAACUCCAGAGCUCACUGAAUGAUUCUUCAGACGAUCACCAUGAAGCACCACCACCAAAAGCUCCUCUUUUGGCUUCCUUGAACUGGAGCACAAGAAAAACUCUUUUUUCAGAGAGUUGGAGGGCCAAAAGACCCCAUCUGGUGAAUACCAUGGCAGCUCAAGAAAGUGUGUCGGAACAUAUAUGCCAACAAUGUGGGAGCAAUCCAGCUGUGCUUCGUUGUCGUGACUGUCUACCACGCCCCCUUUUUUGUGAUAAAUGUGAUGUCAUCAUGCACACCAGAUAUGUCCUUCACAAUAGACGUGCCAUGACUGCCGGAUUCUUCCAGCCAUUGCCUCCAACAACUUAUAUUGUAAAUAAGACCCUUUGCCAUGAUGCACGACUUGUACCUGUGGAGAGCCCAGUCAGAAUCUGCGGCUGUCCACCAGAGUGUUUGAGGGUCAGACCAGGAAAGGUUGUUGCUGUGGUCACAAUGAAUGGACGUUACUAUCUCAGCAUGCCAGAGCUGAGGUGUGAGACAUGUGAAGCUUCUUGGACUGCUGGAGUAGAUGACCUAAAUCAAAGUGAUUACUGGCCCGCUACCCUUCACUUUUCUACUUUGUACGCAACAGAUGUCUUCUUUACAUUUGAAGAAAUGAAGAUGGCAUCACCCGGACUCUCCUGCAAAGCAUUUUUAAAAAUGCUUGAUCAACGAACUCUCCAUUUUGGCAGUACGGGAAAGAUCUCUGCAGAUGGCUUUCAGAAAAGUUUUUUUGCGUGGGAAGCCAUGAGAUAUGAAUUAGACAAGAUUUUAAAGGAGGAUCCCUUCACAUGUCAUGCAUGUGCCCCAGACAUGCUUACAAUUUCAGUGGAUGGAAACCGCAAGCAUUACUGUUUCAAGAAUGCAGCCAGAUAUGAGGAACAGGGCAUCUUUGAAGACGCCUUCAUAGCAAAGGAUGAAGAUGUGGGAAGAUUUGUGGACCACAUACACAGCACAUCCAAACAUGUCUCCAGACGAGGUAUUUGUGGAGGGGAGUGGUCAGCAGCCAGAGAGACCUCCCAAAGAUCCAGCAGCAAGGUGGAUGAGGAGGGACUGGUGUCAUGUUCCUGGGUCUGUUGA